GAAGCAAGACGAACAUCCUUGGAAAAUGAGAUGAAGCGCAGAAGAGCACGGGAAGGGGAUUGCUACAUUCGUUACGAUCUACACAAUUUAAGCUCAGACCCUGCAGCUACUAUGACUCCCCAGAUUUCGGUCCAUGUGCCUUCUCGGUGUACAUAAGGACAACUUACACCAUUCCGUAGACUCAAUUACAAUGAGCCACUCAACAGAAGUCCAGAUUCGCCGAAUAACCCCCGAUCAAACCAUCCCCCUCCGCCAUUCCGUCCUCUGGCCUGAUCGACCGCAAUCCUACGUCCUCCUCGAAGACGACUUUUCUGACACUGCAACACACUUUGGCGCAUUUAUCUUAUCAUCCACCGUCCCAAUCGGCGUCAUCUCACUAUUCGCAUUACCGUCCGACGACGCAAACACAGCAAGUUACCGAUUCCGCAAAUUCGCAGUCGACCCGGCACACCAGAACCGCGGCAUCGGCACCUUACUCCUACAAAAAGUAAUGACGACCUGUAUGGAACGGGGAGCGAGCGAGGUAUGGUGUGAUGCGCGGAUUGAUGCGUGCGGGUUGUAUGAGAAAUUUGGUAUGUAUAAAAAUCAAGGGCAGGGGGAAUGGGUGAAGGGAGGGAUUGAGUAUGUUAGGAUGGUCAAGCAAUUCAACAGUCCUACAAAUGGAUAACGCGAUCGAUUGCUACGUCAAGGGAUGAGUGAGGGAGGGGUCCAGAGCGAGGGGAAGUAAUCAAACGAUGGGUUAUCUGCAACCUCUCGAAUUACGGUAGACAGCAGGGUCGAGUUAUUAGGGUCCGUUUCCGGAGCCGUGUGCCACACCAGCUGGCGCCGACCCAGCAGCAUGCACUGAUACGGCGGGAGUCUCAGCUGCUCUCCGCGGCCAAAUUCGAAGCGGCCGGAGUUUGUUCGCAUCCGGAAAGCAUCCAAAUAACGAAGUGUUUCACCGACAUAUGCAAGACCUCACCGCGUGAGUCCC